CCAUCCCUUCUUCUGCCCCCAGGCUCUACAUCUUCCUCAUAUUCUCCUCUCUCCCCUCUUCAAACCCUUAACUCCCAGUUCCCUCACAUCCCCUUUCUUCUUGUCCCCUGGGACUUGCAGCAAACAGGACAGUGUGAGAACCUGGCAGGAUUGAUGGUCACUGCCCGCCCCAGUCCUCGUCGUCUGCUCCCUCCCCCACCAGACAUAGAUUUCCCCCUACAAAAGGCAGGAGGCGGAGGCUGUGUUGGAGCAGCUGCUCUCAGGCUCCCAUUCCCCUGCCCCCUGCGGGCCAGGCAGGGCUGUGCCUUUGCUCCAUCUUUCUCCAGGUGAGAGUGAGCACCUGGGGUGCCCGGCCCCUUGUCUAGUUCACCAUGAAUGCUGUGGAGAGUUCUGAGGAGCAGGAGCUGCAAAAGCUGGGGAGAGGGGCCUGGGACAACCCCGCCUACAGUGGUCCCCCGUCCCCACACAGGACGUUGAGGAUCUGCACUGUCUCCAGUGUGGUGCCCCCGCAGCCCCAACCCAAGAAGUCUGAAGAUGAACCCCAGACAAAGGCACACAGGACGCUGGUGUCCAGCUGCUGCCUCCAUAUCUGUCGCGGCAUCAGAGGACUUUGGGGAACAGCCCUGACUGAGAACACAGCUGAGAACCGGGAACUUUAUGUCAAGACCACCCUGCGGGAGCUUUUGGUAUAUGUCGUGUUCCUGGCGGACAUCUGUCUAUUGACCUAUGGAAUGACAAGCUCCAGUGCUUAUUACUACACCAAAGUGAUGUCUGAGCUCUUCUUACAUACCCCGUCAGACACCGGAGUCACCUUCCAGGCCAUCAGCAGCAUGGCAGACUUCUGGGAUUUUGCCCAGGGCCCAUUACUGGACAGUUUGUACUGGACCAAAUGGUACAACAACCAGAGCCUGGGCCACGGCUCCCACUCCUUCAUCUACUACGAGAACCUUCUGCUGGGGGUUCCGCGGCUGCGGCAGCUGAGGGUCCGCAACGACUCCUGUGUGGUGCAUGAGGACUUCCGUGAGGACAUUUUGAGCUGCUACGAUGUCUACUCUCCAGACAAAGAAGAGCAACUCCCCUUUGGGCCCCUCAAUGGCACAGCGUGGACAUACCACUCGCAGGAUGAGCUGGGGGGCUCCUCCCACUGGGGCAGGCUCACCAGCUACAGUGGAGGCGGCUACUACCUGGACCUUCCAGGACCCCGACAGGCCAGUGCAGAGGCUCUCCAGGACCUCCAGCAGGGGCUGUGGCUAGACAGGGGCACUCGGGUGGUGUUCAUCGACUUCUCAGUCUACAAUGCCAACAUCAAUCUGUUCUGUGUUCUGAGACUGGUGGUGGAGUUUCCAGCUACAGGAGGCGCCAUCCCAUCCUGGCAAAUCCGCACGGUUAAGCUGAUCCGCUAUGUCAGCAACUGGGACUUCUUCAUCAUCGGCUGCGAGAUCGUCUUCUGCAUCUUCAUCUUCUACUAUGUGGUGGAGGAGAUCCUGGAGCUCCACAUCCACCGGCUUCGCUACCUCAGCAGCAUCUGGAACAUACUGGACCUGGUGGUCAUCUUGCUCUCCAUUAUGGCUGUUGGCUUCCACAUAUUCCGAACCCUGGAGGUGGAUCGGCUGAUGGGGAAGCUCUUGCAGCAGCCAAACACGUACGCUGACUUCGAGUUCCUCGCCUUCUGGCAGACGCAGUACAACAACAUGAAUGCUGUCAACCUCUUCUUUGCCUGGAUCAAGAUAUUCAAGUACAUCAGCUUCAACAAAACCAUGACCCAGCUCUCCUCCACGCUGGCCCGCUGUGCCAAGGACAUCCUGGGCUUCGCAGUCAUGUUCUUCAUUGUUUUCUUCGCCUAUGCCCAACUCGGCUACCUGCUUUUUGGGACCCAAGUGGAAAACUUUAGCACUUUCGUCAAGUGCAUUUUCACUCAGUUCCGGAUAAUCCUUGGAGACUUUGACUACAAUGCUAUCGACGAUGCCAACCGCAUCCUGGGCCCUGCCUACUUUGUCACCUAUGUCUUCUUCGUCUUCUUCGUGCUCCUGAACAUGUUCCUGGCCAUCAUCAAUGACACAUACUCAGAGGUCAAGGAGGAGUUGGCUGGACAGAAGGAUGAGCUGCAAAUUUCUGACCUCCUGAAACAGGGAUACAACAAGACCCUACUACGGCUGCGUCUGAGGAAGGAGCGGGUUUCAGAUGUACAGAAGGUCCUGCAGGGUGGGGAGCAGGAGAUCCAGUUCGAGGAUUUCACCAACACCUUGAGGGAACUGGGACACGCAGAGCAUGAAAUCACUGAGCUCACAGCUGCCUUCACCAGGUUUGACCGAGAUGGGAAUCGCAUCCUGGAUGAGAAGGAGCAGGAACAAAUGCGACAGGACCUGGAGGAGGAGAGGGUGGCCCUCAAUGCUGAGAUUGAGAACAUGGGCCGGUCCAAUGCGAGUAGCCUACCAUGCGAGUUGGGCCCAGAAGCUGCCAGAGCAGGAGGCUGGAUUUCAGGAGAAGAAUUCUACAUGCUCACAAGGAGAGUUCUGCAUCUGGAGACUGUCCUGGAAGGACUUAUGUCCCAGGUUGAUGCUGUAGGCUCAAAACUAAACCUGCUGGAGAGGAAGGGGUGGCUGGCUCCCUCCCCAAGCAUGGAAGAACAAGCCAUUUGGGAGCACCUGCAGCCAGUCCCAGCUGUGACUCCAGCCCCCUGGCGAGUCCAGGGUGGGCAGGACAGUGAGGUGCCCUAUAAAAGAAAACGGGAAGCCUUGGAGGAUGAGACUCUCACGCGGUGACAUUCCAAAGUUGCAGAGGAGUAGAGUGACACCCUCCCAGAGCAAAGUCUAAGAAGGCUCUUCUGGAGGAGCCUGCCUGCUGGCAUUCCACUGAACCUGGGAACUGAGAAGGCUGUAAACCAGGAGAUAAAAAUGGUGUCUGAAGAGAAUCAAACAAGGAAAUGAACUCAAGAUUCAGAAAUCUUUGAACUAUUAUGUGGUGGUUUCUGACUCUCUUCUUCCAUAGGACCAUGUGGGUUUUCAUGGUGACUAUCAAUAAAACUUCCUAGGAGAAC